AUGCCAAAGGUAACGACCUCGUCAUCCUCGUCAAAGUCGCACGCCGCUUCGUCCGUGGAUCCCAGCCGCGCAGCGGCAGCUGCGGCUGCCCUCACCUCCGCGACAUCAGCCACCACCGCCAUACGAUCUCUGUGGGAUUGCACGUUCUCGAAUGGCGACACAUACCACGGCGAGGCGCUCUACGUCCACGACAAGAAUCGCAAUCCCGUGAAAGAUGGGAAGGGGCGCUACACGUGGGCUUCCAGCGGGGCCGUCUACGACGGCGACUGGAAGGGCGGACUGCCACACGGCACGGGCGUGAUAAGCGUGCCUGGGAUCGACGGCUACGAGUAUGUAGGGGAGUUCAAGGAUGGAAAGCGCAGCGGCAAGGGGUGCUGCCAGUUUUCCAACGGUCGUGUCUACGAAGGCGAGUGGAGAGAAGACGAGAUGAACGGGACGGGCACCCUGCGCGGCGCAUCGAACGUGGACAACUUUACUGAAUACACCGGCGGCUUCCAGAACGGGAUGCGCAGCGGGCGGCAGGGGAGGUGCGUCUACGUUAACGGAGACGUCUAUGACGGCUCCUGGGCUGCAGGGAAGCGCCAGGGGGUCGGGGAGUGGCAGCUGCACAGGCCAGCAACCGGCGCUGCAGCUGCAGCUGCAUCUCGCCCUGUACGCUACCGGGGCGCUUUUGACGGCGACGCGCCACAAGCUAGCGGCACCGGCGAAGGGGAGCUCGAGUACGCGGAUGGCAGCCUGUACACCGGCGGCACGGAUGCGCAGAUGCGGCGACACGGCAAGGGUGUUCACUGUCUCUCUAGCGGGGUUGUUUUCGAAGGCUCUUUUGUGCAGGACCGGCGCGAGGGAAGGGGCGUUCUGCAGGGAGGCGACGGCGCUGUGUGCGAGGGGCAUUGGCACAAUGACCAGCUCAAUGGAGAGGUACGGGUCACUUUCACCGUCGCGUCGUCAUCGCUCGCCACCUCCUCGACAUCCAUUGCGAGUCUGCUGCGACUGAGCCAGUCAGAGUAUGCCGGCCACCCGAUGAAGACAUAUCAUGGCCCCUGUGUUGCGGGCAUAUUCACCGGCGCCCCUGCUGUCAUCACGUACAUGGAUGGGAGCAGCUACAACGGCGCUGUGCGCCACGGCGUCCCUCACGGUUCGGGCGUGCUGCGUGAUCGACCCUUUCCCUGCUCUACUGGAACCCGCGGCAUCGACGCUGACAGCGCUGUUCGCAAGCGCAUUCCAGUCACGUGCGUGCCGCAUGACGCUCUUCUCACGCUUACCUGCUACGAUGGGACCUUCUCCAACGGCGAAGCGGACGGCAACGGCACCGGAGAGUGGCGGACGGACUCGUCAACACAGCAAGCCCCACCAGCAUCGUCGCCACCGACAGAGGCGCCGAUCACGCCUCAAAACUUCAUGCAAGUACUUGGGACGGGGCUGCGCUGCUGGGACCUUGCCAUGUAUGGACGACUGGACGGAACCUACACUGGACAGUGGGCGCGUGGCCUCCCGCAUGGGCAGGGAACCUGGGAGUGGUCGGACGGGUCGCGCUACUCUGGCGCGGUGGCGCAGUAUGUGCCCAGCGGCGCCGGCACCUUGAGCGCGUCAUCUGUCCAGUACACGGGCGACUUUCAGGAAGGUCAGGCGGGGGGAAACGGAGUCUGGGAGGACAAGGCGCGAGGUCUCAAGUACGAGGGACAGUGGCUGGCUGGUCGGCCCCACGGGUGGGGUGUGGCCACGUUGCUGACCGCAGCAUCUCCAUCCUCACCGCAGACAUCGACGCCAAAAUGGUUGGUGAGCUCACGCGUGUACGAGGGGUCGUGGGCAAACGGGAACCCAUCUGGCCAAGGCAGGGAGUACACCACUGAGGAUCGUCGCUGCGUCGCCUACGAGGGCAGCUACGCCGACGGUUACCGCGAGGGUGAAGGGACCAUCUCUUUUGGUGAUACGGACGGCGCCACCGGCGACACGAGCCUGUCGCCGCACUACCUGAAGUACAAGGGCAGCUUUAGUAGAGGCGUCCCCGGCGGCGGCGCUGGUUGCUUGACCCUUCGCAACAAAACCAGCAUUGAGGGCUGCUUCGAUGCACAGCUGCAGCCGCUGGCCGGCAGGGAUGUCAGCAUUAAGUCCGGCAACGAGACGUGGACGUUCAAGGGUGUCUACGACGCGGCGAAGCACACGGGCUGUGGUGUCAUGACCUUUACAAACGGUGACGUGUACGUCGGCGAGGUUGAAGACGCCAGCUGCGGAGGUGGGUUGCAGCAGCAGCAGCAGGCUCUCUUCCAUCUGCAGUGCCACGGCCGUGGCACUUACAAGUUCGUGGAGGGAAACCAACUUCAGUGCACAUGGCGGCACAACGUCCUCCACGGCGCCGGCACGUACACGUCAUCGGACGGUGUGCAGACAGAGCGGAACUAUGCAGAUGGAGUGCUGGCGGGUGGUGCAGUAGUUGCCACUUCUGGAGGUGGCAUCGGUGGCGGCGCUGGCGGCGCGCACGUUGAAGCGGACACCGGCGUCUUGAGGGGCAACGUCUUUACUCCUGAGAAUGAGUUCCCAAACACGCUGUCAGCGGAGGUGUUGAAGUCCCGCAUGUCAGAGGUGCCGCAGGAAUCACCGCUGCAGCCGCGAAAGCGGCAGCCCUUCUCCUUCAUGCGCAAGGGAGAAGCCCGCCGAGCCUCCGCGGCAGGGGAGGCGACGGCGGCGCCCGGCGGUGCCGCCUCUGUAGGGGCAUCCUUGGCGACCUCAGCGCAGCGACGUAGCUCACAACGCGACUUGAAAGACACAAAGAAGCAGUUGGGCCCGCCGCCGGCCGCCGCAAACCAGAAGCGCAGCCCUCGCACCUCUGUCGUGAGUUCUGCGGCGCCAAACAUCACGGGUACCAGCGGACGUGUCGGUGCCGGCAGCCCCCCGCGCGCGACCUGUGGCGGCACUGUGCCGUCAACCAAGGGUGCAUCCCCUGUCGCCUCGCCGUUGCGCUCGACGGCCAAGUACAACACUCUGAGGCGACCCCAGCGGACGGCUAGGAAUGCGCCCCCUCCUGCCGCAGUGGCUUCCUUCGCUGACGGAGCGUCACCCAUUGCUACGACGCCGACAAACGCGCGACCCUCCCUCAUGCACCGUGCCAAGGACGGCAACGACGGCGCUGGCGCCACCGCACCGACGUCCUCUGCGUAUCUCUCGAAGUUUCAGGCUGGCAUCCGCCUGCUCGACACCAUACCGCGAGCUGACUCGCCCACCCCUUCCGCGGUAUCCCGCAACCUGACGCCGACAGCGAAAGGCUCGUCAUGCCCCGCCACCACACCGGCGCAGCCCGGUUCACGAGGCCGACUUAGCUCUGCACUGGCAGCAGGGCGAGCCCAAGAGAUUCAGCAGCGGGUACUCAAGCCUCUCAAGGGCUCUCUGAAGGCGCUGAUGGAUGAGGCGAGUUCGAUACGCAGCACCCGUGAGGAUGAGAUCCAUCUGCUUACGGAGGAGAUGCGGGAGCUGAACGAGCGCAUUUGGCAGCUGCGCUUCACACUGGGAACCAAGAAAGAGGAAGACAGUGGCAGGGGCGUGGGCAAGAAGGCCUACGCGGCGGCAGCACCGUCAACCAAGCCGGAAAGGAAGCGAUCAUCCGUUUCACAAGAGACCCUCGACACCCUCGUGCAGGAGCGGCGCGUAAUAAUGGAAAAGCUGCAGCAUGUUGUGAACGAGCACGGAGAUUAG